AUGUACCGCUCAACCAAAGGAGCAUCUAAGGCUCGACGGGACCAGAUCAACGCCGAGAUCCGGAACCUGAAGGACUUGUUGCCCAUAUCCGAUGCUGAUAAAGCGCGGCUCUCAUACCUGCACAUCAUGUCUCUUGCCUGCAUGUACACCAGGAAAUCCGUCUUCUUCACUCAAGAAGCGGGAGCUGCUGCUAGUCCUGAGGAGAGCGCGCGGUUUCUGUCUUUCCACGAACUGUCGGAGUUGAUGCAGGCGCUGCCGGGCUUUUUGAUGCUGCUGACUGGGGAAGGGAAGCUCCUGUACCUGUCAGACAGCGUCUCCGAGCACCUUGGACACUCCAUGGUGGAUCUUGUGGCACAAGGGGACAGUGUGUACGAUAUCAUCGACGCCUCAGACCACUUUAUCAUGAGGACCAACCUGUCAACCUCUACAUCACUCGAGAUGGACCGUCUCUUCCGCUGCCGUUUCAACACCUCUAAGUCCGUGCGGAGGCAGAGCGCUGGGAACAAGCUGGUUCUGAUCCGAGCUCGCUGCCUCUCUCCACCUUCCACCUCUCCUGCCGCCGGGUCUUACUGGACCUCCAACCCUGUAUGGGUGUGUUUCUGCUCGCCUCUAGAGCCCCACCCGACCCGCUCCGGCCCCGGGGCAGAGAGAGAGUUGACCUCCACCCCUCCACUGACUGAGAGCAACUUGUUUCUGGCCUGCUUCUACUCCCAGCACGGCCGGGACAUGAGGCUACAGACAGCACAGGACAGUGUGAGUUCCUAUCUUGGCUUUGAUGUGACAGCUUUACGCUCUCGCUCCUGGUACAGCCUCCUCCACCCACAGGAUCUGUCACAUGCCUCCGCUCAGCACCGCAGCCUAUUGAGAGAAGGAGGAGAGGGCAGAGCUGAAAUGGUGGUGCGUGUGCAAGCUCUGGACCAGUCGUGGGUUUGGCUUUACAUGGUAUUACAACUGCAGCCUGGAGAAAUCCCCAUCAGCAGCAACAACUAUAUCAUCAGUGACUCUGAGGCCUGGUCAGUGCGUCAGCAGCUCAGCUCAGAGCAGACCCAGCUGACUCUGGUCCUGACUGCCGGUACCUCUCAGCAAGAGAGUUUGAGCCUUCAGUCCCCAGAAACCCUGUCAAGCCCAGACCAGGUCUUCACUCCAGGCAGCAGCGGCCUGUCCGCCCAGUCCUUUGACUUCAGCACUGCUGGCUGCAGCGUGGGCUCCUCUGAUGAACCAGGGAGCUCUGCUGCUGAGGCCAUGCAGCUGGAGGGUGACCCUCGCUCCAGUAUCUCCUCUCUGGAGGAAGAAAGCUUCUUUCAGCAGCAUCCCACUGAAAGCCCCUCAGCUGCCUCCUCCCCUACCCCAGUCACUGUUGAAACAGUAGCAGACUUAGACUUUUUAACCCAGAACAUUCUCCUGCCACCCUCCUUCCAGCUCGACCCUCCUCUCCCAGCUCUCCCCCUGCCUCUCCCACCUGUCCCCACCUCACAAGCUCAGCAGACCAAAGAGUUUGUGUGCACACCACCCUACACUCCCCAGGUUAGCGGGGCUAGCUUCCCAUUUGGCGAACCCCUCUUCAGCUUCGACCCCACUGGCACUACCACUCCGCCGCCCUCUGCUACAACAGCCACCGCCACCACCUCCUUGGCCCCCUCAGCAUCCUCCUCUGACCCACCAACUACCACCUCUAGCCCUGCUCCCCCCACCACCCUCUCUACCAAGCUCCCCCUCGUUCUACCCACCCCAUCCACUGACCUCCUCUUCCCCAUUGAGCCCUGCAGUGGUUCCCUCUAUGAAAAACUGCCCCCCACACCCGACAGCCCCGGAGACGGCGACUGCACAGUGAUGACCCUGCCCGAGGUACGGGGUCCACUGUAUGUAGAUGUACCACUGGGGCCCCUCCAGUGUCCACCUGAGGGCCUCCUCACCCCCGAGGCAUCACCUGGUAAACAGCCCUGCCUCUCCUUCUUCUCCCUGGAGAGAGAAAGGGAGAAGGAGAGGGCAGAAAUCUCUCUCUUAGCUCAACAUAUCAGCUCAUUGGCAGAGGGAUUCUACCUGGAUCCACUCCUGUCCAAACUCUCUCCUCCCUCCAUGUCACCCUCAUCCUCCCCUCCCUCCCCCUUCCUGUCUCCCACCAUAGAAACCACUGAUGUUGAUUCAGUCCACAUGCUUAGGGAGUUUUAUCCCAUCAAAGCAUGGAGAGGUCUGGACAUUCCCAUCUUCCUAGAUGAUGAUGACUCUCUGUUUGAAGAGAGCAUCCUAGAAACCCUCCUCCAAGAUGACUUUGCUCCUACUCUGUCCCCUGGCCCCUCCUGCCCCUCCCCAUGCACCUCCCCCAUGCCCGAUCCCUCCAGCCCAGGAACUCAAACCCCAGUGUGCUGGCACCAACCCUCCCAGUUUGAGGGAGUGGGCCACUUCUGUAGCGUCCAAUCGGCGCAAUGUAACUCCAUGGCUGGGUGCGGGGCGACUGUGGCUGCUGAGGCCGGGGUAAAGGCGGAAGGGGAGGGGCUAGCGGAGGAAGCAAUGGAGAUCGAGGUGGUGUCAUCUCCUGUGUCCUCUUGCUCCUCCAUCCCAGCUUCCCCUCCCCUCAUCCUCACCGCCUCACCAGGCCCCGCCACCUCCAUGCCCAUCGGCUCGCCCACGCCCGCCGUGUCUUGCACUCAGUCCCUCCUGGAGGAACUGGCCGUCCUGGAACCCAUGUUUGGGGCAGGUGCCUCGAUCGCCCCUGGCUUAGGGCAACAACCUGAGUUGUAUCAACUCCAAUGUCAUCCAUCGCCACAGUGCUUCCACAAAGAUGGGAGUGGAAGUGUUCCUCCGUUCUAA